AUGGAUAAACUUCGAUCUCAUUUGGAAAAUAAGCGUAAAUUGGAUCAUAACGGUGACUAUGGUGUGCACAAGUAUUUAAAGAAGUCGGAAUUUGAUCAAUUGGAGCAGCCACAGCAGCAACAGCAGCAGCAGCAGAAACAGCAACCCCACCAGCCACAGACGCCGCUGCGACAAUCCCCGCAACCACAACACCCACCAGACACCCUCCCAAAGGACCCCCUUACCUCCAACGAGGACUGCAUCAAGCGUCUUCGCCUCAAAUCCCAACCAAUCCGCCUAUUCGCUGAAUCUGAUAAAGAAAGGCGGCUUCGUCUACGCGCUAUUGAGCUGCUCUCUACUGAGUCUUCCAGCAAAGGUCAGCAGAACGACCUUCACAAGGCUCUUGAAGGUGUAGGUCAGGCCGAGUUAGGCCAGCUCGACACUGGGCAGAGUGUGCUUAGUGGUGAAAGUGCACACCCCACACAUACUUACAAACCCUACACUGACGAUGAACUGCGUAUCACCUGGCAGAUGGUCAAGGUACACCACGACAAGCUCUACGCCACUAUCUACAAAUGGCUCAAGAAUAUGCUGCGUUUGUGGGACGCUGAGCUGCAACAGCGUCCAGACGAAAUUAGACGCUCGAAGCAAGGUCAACUGACCACCGCGAACCAAGUCCAAACAGCUGGAUAUCUCAAACCUCUUUUCAAACUGCUCAAAACCAAAACCAUUCAGUUGGAUGUACUCUGUCUUCUAGGCGAAAUACUCCUCUAUGCUCAGGAACGUAAAUACCAGAAUGCUAACGACGCUUACCUCCGCCUCUCGAUCGGUAAUGCCCCUUGGCCUAUCGGGGUGACUAUGGUAGGUAUACACGAUCGAUCUGCGCGCGAGAAAAUAUCUAGCGGCUCUGUGGCUCAUGUCCUCAACGAUGAGGUUUCGAGAAAGUACAUUCAGUCUGUCAAACGCGUUCUCACUUUCGCUCAGUCGAGGUAUCCACCCGAAGACCUCUCGCAGAUGGUGGGAUAG